UUUAAAAUGCAGGCAUUAACACGAUGUAAAACUGGAGUGGGGUCACAGCAGGCAAUGCAGAAAAUGGCAUAGGUGUGGUUCAAAUUUCGAAACAAUCAACUUCGAUCCGAUUAUGUGGUUUUGAAUAGAAAUGACAUCUUAAAAAACGGGUUUGCUUAUCGCUAUUCUUGAUCGCAUUGACCGAUCUUUGAAUUCUGUCACACACUGCAGAGACGAGGAUGGCAUGCCACCGGGCGCUGGAUUUAGUUUGCAGUGCGCGCCGGGAGCAGCAGAGUGGGAGGAGUCCUACAAUGAUCUGUCCCACCAUGACACCCUACAAUCCAGCGCGCGGGGUGCCACGCGCACGUAGCCUAUCCAACCUAUAUAACCAAGGGGUUCACAGAGUGAUCGUCAGUAGGCGGACGGAUUUGGUGUUCUCAAUAGUUUAUUAUAUAACCCUUUCACGGGAUAUUUAGCCAUUUUGCAACUACAGAUGAAUAUGUAAUCAUUGUUUUCAGUCAUGAGGACCUUGCUGUUGAUUAUAUUCUCUAAAUUACUUACUGCUCAGCCGUCACCCAUAAUUAGUGUCACAUGUGAGGAAUCAGAAGAUGUGAUACCACCGGAAUGGAUAGAGAUUCCUCAGGCAUGUCCUUCUCUUCUGCUCGCACUCAAAGUUGCUGUUCUGCCUGAAGACUUUGGGGCUAUUCGGCUGAACAUAAGUUGGGCCAUCAACAUCGACAAAAGCAUUUACUAUCUCACAGGAACUUGGAUCGAUAUAGGUGGUGAUGCAUACCGCUGUCGGUAUGAACCACCUUUCGAAAAAGUUGACCUCAGGGGUCUCGAACAGCUGUGGUUCUAUUACCUUGCACCUGCAGAACCAGGGUUCCAUAUAAUCAUCACUGCUUACAAUCUUCCAAUUCCGGCAGAGGGCGAAUUUUCCAAGUUUACGACAUGUAAUGUACCGUAUGCGACAUCAAAUGACGACACAGCUGAGUUGGCUUGGCCUACUUCAAACCCCACUGUGAUGCCCAUAUCUGAUCAAAUGUAUGGAAGGCACUCAAAUUCCCACUUCACUGAGCUGCCGAAGGCAACUGAGGUCACUAUGUCGGUGCUGGUGGUGUACCCUGCAGAAAACCCUGUCUUUCAGAGAGCUGUGCUAGCUUUUGCUGAGUUCCUCCAGUGGCAUGGUGACUGCCAGGUGGCUAUAGACAUGUGGCAGCGUGGCAGGCUGGCAGAGCAGGGCCCGAUGCGCUGGCUAGCAGAUCAAGCCAAAUCCGUAGCCAGGGUGAUGGUUGUAAGCCCGCAGCCCAACCACUGCCACACUGGCCCAGGGGAACACACAGUACCAGCCGCGGCUCAUGACCUGUUUCCUCUGGUGCUCAACAUGGUGGCAAGCUACGCUCAGUGCCCCAAUGAGCUGGCCAAGUUCUGGUUGGUGCACCUAGGCAAGGCCCCGGAGAGGAGUGGCCUACCUGUGGAAUUGACAUCCUGUAGGGAAUUUAGUCUGAACAGGGACUUGGAGAAACUGUGUAGACACUUGCAUCAGCAGGGCUCCAAAAGACCAGGGUUAAUGUUCAGAUCAGGGUUGGCCUAUGGGGAGAAGGCGACAGGGAAGCUGAAAGAGGCUGUGCAGCAGUUAGAGGCAUGGCAAUGCUCUCAGCCAGGAGGUGCAGGGGAGGCAGCUCCUUUGACCAAAUUGAUGGCUAGACUGUAAGAACCUGAUGAUGCUCGUGUGAUGACAAAUACAGAGUUUAAAUAGUAAUAUGAAAAUAAUCUAAGUAAAAACUCUCUUUUGACCACUUGUAGAACAGUGGGACUGCAAAAAUGAGGGCAUGCUAACUUUUCUCACUUAGCUUUAAGAUUGCUUUUUAAAUAGUUGAAUGUGUUAUUUUUCAUCAAAUGUUUCUGUUUUGGAAAUGAAACAAAUAUUCUAUGGUGUUGACAUUUUUUAUAUACUUAUUGAAUGUUUUGUUUAUGUAAAUAAAUACUUGAAUCUAAUUAUUGACUAACUUCAAUGAGUAUACAAUAUUACACUGUAUUUUCCAUUUAUAAAGCUCUGUAGUACCACAUUUUGUAUAAGAUGUGCAUUUUCACACACUGAAUUAAAUGGAAAAUCUUACUC